AUAAAUUAAUGACUUAGGUACGCUGUAUGUGGGCAUGCGGUGGAUUGAUUCAAAGCUAAGCGUGGGCACGAGCUGCUGACUUCACUUUGUAAACAUUUUAUAGUGUGUUAUCUAAGAGCGCAACUUGCUUUCUCAAGGCUUGGAACCACUGUUUGGUUGGGAAACAGUCAGCAAAGUAGCAGGUGGAACAGAUUAUAGUAAUCCUUCAAGUCAACGAAGCUGGAUCCAAGACGUUUAUAAAUUUGAUACCAAAUUAACCAAGUUGAAAAUAAUGUGCAAACCAAGCUUCUUCGGAUCCAAAACAGAGACCAAAUUUUACAUGCAUCUUUCUUGCAAGUGACAGUACCCUUUCCCUUUCCUCCUGUGAGAGGAACAGAUUCUGAUUGUUGGAAGUGUCAUGGCAAAUGAUCAGAGAAAUUUGUUCAAUUUCCGGUACUGCUGCUGCGUUCUCGUUUUCCUGUCUACUUUCUCAUCUAUUUCAUUCUUGUACUGGUCUCACUGCUCUAAAUGCUGCUAUUCAGAAAUCCAAACGGCAGUGCAGGAACAAAACCGAACGAUUAACUUGCUUACAUAUCCAUCAGCAUGGAACAAUCUUAACUUCCCAUCAAAACCACCCGCGAGACUUCUGAAAGUAGCCCUCUUUGUCAAGAAAUGGCCUGAUAAACAUCAUGCCGGAGGGCUCGAACGCCAUGCCACGACUCUCCAUCUUACUCUUGUGGAAAGGGGGCAUGAGCUCCAUAUCUUCACUACUGCAUCGUCGAACUCCUCCUUCACGGAAUAUCCAAUCAGCAACUUAAAAUUUCACCUCUCGAAACCGACAGCUGCUGGUUAUCUGGACCAAGCUGGUGUGUGGAAGCAAUUUCAAACUGAAAACUCGACAGGAAGAGCCUUUGAUGUGAUCCACACCGAAAGUGUCGGGCUUAUGCACACAAGAGCAAGGAAUCUGACUAAUUUAGCUGUUAGUUGGCAUGGCAUUGCAUAUGAAUCCAUUCAUUCUGACAUCAUUCAGGAGCUUCUGCGAUCUCCCGAUAAGCCCCAGUCAAAUCUACUGACCCAAAGGGUGAAGAAGGUUGUGGAAGAGGUGAGGUUUUUCCCUCGUUAUGCUCACCAUGUUGCCACUAGUGAUCAUGUCGGAGAUGUCCUCAGACGGAUCUACAUGAUACCAGAGGAUCGUGUUCACAUUAUUCUUAACGGUGUUUAUGAGGGAGUAUUCAAGCCAGAUGCACUAAAGGCCAAAGUCUUCAAGUCAAAGUUUGGCAUUCCAGAAUCCAAAGCAUUGGUCCUAGGGAUGGCAGGAAGGUUAGUAAAGGACAAGGGACACCCAUUGAUGUUUCAAGCUUUGAAGCAAAUUUUGAAGGAAAAUUCUACAAUUCGGGAUAAUGUCAUGGUUCUUGUCGCUGGAGAUGGACCAUGGGGUGAAAGAUAUAGAGAGCUAGGAUCCAAUUUACUGGUUUUGGGGCCACUGGAACAGGCCGAGUUGGCAGGGUUCUACAAUGCAAUAGAUAUACUGGUAAACCCAACUCUUCGAGCUCAAGGGUUAGAUCACACCUUGUUGGAGGCUGUCCUGACUGGUAAGCCUCUCAUGGCCACAAAACUAGCUAGCAUUACAGAAUCUGUGAUUGUCAGCAAAGAGAUAGGGUAUACAUUUUCACCAAAUGUGCCUUCACUAAAGAAAGCUCUGUAUGAGGUUUGGGAAGAUGGAAGAGUAAUUCUGGAAAAGAAAGGUCAGUUGGCAAGAGAAAGGGGUUUGAAAUUAUAUACUGCCACAAAGAUGGCAGCGGCUUAUGAAAGACUAUUUCUCUGUAUUGCGCAUGAUAGAGAGUACAGAAGGGAUUACUGUAAAUACCAACAGCAAGUUGGUUAGACUAGAGGCUCCCACUUGGUUUUAGAUAUAAAUUCUGCCUCAAAUUACCAAAUAAAUGGCAGAUUUGCAGGACCUCCAGCAAGUAGCAUUUGCUGCAAUUCCCAUGUAUCUCUACCCUGCAAACUAAGCUUCCUGUACAAAACUUACAAUCUAUAAAAGAGAAUCCCAACCCAAGGCUAUUUUAGUUUUUCAAACCAGAAACCUGCUAUACACAAGAUACGAGCAAUGUAUGUUACGGUACUUGUUGCAGCAAGAAAACUUCUAGACUGUUACCAAUUCAAUUUAGAGAGUUCUUUUAUAACCAAGUAUCCUACCAUUACCACAGCAUAAUUUGCUAUGCUUCUUCAAGCAGAGUAUGUUGGGUGAUAUCUGUACAUGUUUUGUGUCUUUUCUAGGAGAGAACAUAAACAAGGAGAGGAAACAGGAAUCAUGUUAAUGGCAAUCACAAGGUAUGAUCAGGCUGCAUGUCAUGCUUACAGACCAAUAUGAUGGGAAGCUGAAAGAACUGCUUGUACAACCUAAACUUGUGAAGCUUACUGUUAUUUUGCUGCCAUGGUAUAAUUUUACUCUUCAAAU